AUGCCAAACAGGAGGGAGGAGAGACGCGCGUGGAGGCGCAGGCCAAGCGACAGUGCCAUCGCAGUUUGGGCGCUAGUUCUGUUGCUGCUGGUGCUGUGCACCGUGUGGGGAAGUGCCCUCCAAGUGGAAAAACGCAGAUUACAGGGCAAACGCAGCACACCUACUGUUUUUACCAACUGUGAGACAAAGGGGCCACACUGCUUUCUUCGCCCCCCGGUGAGGUCACCAAAAAGGGAUAAAUUCCCCCCCAAAAAAAUAGCCUUGAACGCAUUCGAAAGAAGUGUGGACAAAGUCACAGGAAACUUUCUUCACGACAGAGACCUCUUCAUAGAGGUGGACAGAAAACAAAAAAUGAUCGAGGAAAUUGAAAAAAUGAGUCACUUCCAGUAUGAACAGAUCCACAAGUACAUCCAACCCUUAAGCGAAAACGACGUAUACGAAGAAAUUAUAAACCACAAAAUUCACCUGUACAAGAAGGAGAACGAAACAGAGAAACUCAAAAAGUUGGUAAAAAUUCAGGACUUCCUGAACCCAUAUAUUGUAAGCCAAAGGAAGAAGAAGGCCAAGGAGAAGGUGGAAUACAUGAUUGCUUGCAUUCUUAAGGGAGAAAAUAUCGACCAGAUAAUUACCGACAUGUUUAGGAAGAAGCUCAUUGACGUCUACGUGCUUACCUUCAUCGAUGACAAGGUGAUGGAGGCGCACACCAAGUUGGUGGGGAGCGGUGUCAGCGGGGUUAACAACGUUGAUGCGGGUGAUGGGGCUAGCAACCCCGAUGAGGGGGCCGAACCCGGAGGAGCAGACCAAAUGAGCAUGACGGAGAAAAUCCUCAGGAUGCUGAAGGACCGCAUCGUGGCACAGCAGAAGCUACAGGUGAAGGGCACCUUCGACUUCACCAGGAUAGUUUUCCUCUCGACCACCCUAGACAUGAGUGAAGAUAGGCAGUCCAUAAUUAAGUCUUCCAUUAGGACCAUAGAGCAGUUGGAAGAAUUUGAGCUGUACUUGCUGGACGCACUGGACUAUGCAGAGACAAACGAGAAAAUGAAGCAGUAUGUCCCCCACUUGGAGCUGCUACUAAACACAUGUAAAAAAAUGAACCCCGUCUUUAACCAGCUCCUGAACAAGCAGACCGAAAACGUUCGCUUCUUCCCCGAUAAGAUUGAUAUGUCGCAGUUUAAGGAACUGUAG